CUAGAUACGCUCAUCAAACACACAAGAAGAAACAAGACUGUGCAUUGUUUUGAUUUGAUACUGGUCAGUGUAUCUGGAAAGUACAAAUACUAAAAUACAGCAUAGGCCUGCGCACAUACAACAUUGAAUAGGAUAAUUGUUCAAUAUCGAAAAGGAAUAUAAUUUAACGUUACACUGUUGCUGUUUUGAGGAACAGCCGAUCAAUUCAACAGGUAGGUCCUUGAUUGGUCUCUCUUCUAUCGUUCUUUGAUCUAUUCCCAGACAAUCUGUCAAUGUGGCAUUUUACUCUAUACUGCUUUCCUGAAUAGUUUGUUUCUGUUCUACAUGACAUUUGCGAUAAUUGUUUUGCGGUGGAAUUAUUCCCAAAGGUAAAUCCCAUCCCAUGCCUUGUAGGCUAUGCGAAAUAUUAUUUAAAUUGGGGUAACGAUUAAUUUAUCACUAAUAUUAAAUAUAUCUUUACGAAUUAUUCAACAUGGCUAUAUCAAUGGAAACACUAUUGAAUUUGCGGCCGCUAAUCUAAUAUGAAGGACCACCCUCCCCUACCAUGAGGGGCCUUGAGUCAUUUCGGGGACCGAUUCAACUUGUGACCAAUGAGAGAAUUAUGCUCUUUUUCUGUCUCAGCCAUUCGUGAUGUCAUAAUGAUGGUGUGUGUGAAAUAGUUGUCCUAUUGUAAAAAAAAUAUUUAUGUUUUUAACAUGUGUAAGUAAUUCCCCAAACUAGCCAAAUCAAUAGCCUAUUUAUUCAAUAGUGUUCAGGUUGCUUUGGAAAGUGUGCCAAUGCAUUAGGAUAUUGAAUUCAAUGUGCAGGCUUUAUGCAUAUCAUGUAAUAGCCUAACACAAUUUAGGCUCUAUUAAACCAUUAUGUGCUCGGUAUAAAAUAAGACAUUGUAAUAUAAUCAUAUUUAUACAUUGCACAUUUUGUUGUUACUAUUUAGGAGAACAGUUGAUCUAUAGGCUGGCUGCGAAUUCAUUGUCAUUGUAGAGAAACAUAUUACAACCCUCAGAGACACAUACAGUAUCAUAAAAAUGUCCAUCCAGUGUGAUGUCAUUAUUGAUGUGUAUUAGUGUUGCUCAUAAAGUUUCUCUCUGUAAUUGACCUGUAGAUUCCUGAUGUGUGACCUCAGCAUGGACCAAGUGGCCCCCUUGUCCACUGGCUAUCGCUCCAGCCUCAAGGUGAGACUUCACAAGGCUGUGCUACUAAUACAGUAGAUAAGUAGCAAAAUCGCAUACAUCGUAGUGCUGGAGAUGGAGUUGUGUAUAGUACAUAUAGGACUACUGUAUCACAACUGAUACUGCAAGGCUGGAUCAAAAUCCUGCACAGCCAAUAGCUCUCCGGGACUGGAGUUGGAGCACCCUUCACUUAAGGCUAUUGGGGAGUUAAGAAAGCACGGCUUCCAAAGAUCAAAUAUCAGCAGAGAUUUAUUUUCAAAUCCUGUGUGUUGCAGCACACUUGUGUCUGCUAUUCUUCUCCUCUAACUUUAACCACAAGAUAAUAAGGAAAGAGGACAGGCAUAUUACAUGUGAAGAUAAUUGGGGAGCUGAUGGAGGAGAGGCUCUCAGUCUUUCCACCUUCUCUACUGCCACUAACUCAAUUAGUCCCCUUGGCAACUAGCAGGAAAAAAUGCUCUUGAGACAUUGAGGGCCCUGUUUGUGCCAGCCUACCUUUUCUAAGGCUAAAUAAAUAGACAAAUCAUUAAACAGUUAAUGUAUGAAAAAGGAUGGUGUUUGGUUCUCCACUUCGAGUGUGGGGAGUUAUUUGAAUAAAAAAUUAUCGUACCUUAUAGUAAUAGACAGGCGCACAAAUGACACUUUAGCUUACAUCUUUACUAUCAAUGUCCUAAUGAUUUGUUAAGGUUUCAUGUGCGGCUUGGUUGUAUAAUGUCAAAAGAAGUCUGAGAUGGGUACAGUGCAGAUUCAAACAGAGAGCUAAUCUAAAAAGGGCUCCAUCUUAGCUAAUAGAAUUGUGAAGAAGAGCCUGGUUUGUCUAACCUGAUUUGAAGAGGGGGAACGAGAGAGAGGGAAAAGGGAGAGAGAAGGAUAGAGGGAAGAGGAGGAGGGGGUAGAGUUUUUUUUCUCAAAAAGCAGCCGCCUACGCUGUUUCAUAAACCCUCAGAGCUGAACUGCUGCCAGCUGCAUCAAGGGGAGUUUCUAGUUCUGCUACGGAACAGGAAGACCAUGUAUGGUCGUCCUCUCCCAGCGGUUCACGGCCAGGCCUAGCUGGGAGAAUGAGAAAGGCCUGAUGUUUGACUAAUGAUGACAGAUUGGUUCUACUGAAAGGGAGUGCCCACAUACAUCGUUUUUUCUAUCUUUGCUUUUGCCUGCCCAGUUAUCUUUAGUCUUUUAUCUCACUUUAUGUGACUCCGUCUGAAAAAGUGAAUGAGGUAUUUCCUAAAUGAUUCACAGUAUCUGUAGGUGAUCAGGUGUUGGUCAUCAGUACAGGGCUAUACUUGUCUCACCUAAUAUAUCAAAUUAUGUAGACAUACAGUAGUAUGGGGCUUUCUUAUAUCAUCAGGCAAAAUACAUGUUUUGUGUCUUUUAAUUUAAACUAACAGUAUGUUGUUUUUUAUGUGUUUGUCCUCCACAGCGGCAGGCAGCAUUUGACCUGUUUGAAGAUCCCAUGUCUCUGUUCUCGGUAUACUUCCUCCCCUCAGACGAGGAGCAGUCUUUUCAGGAGGUGCCCUCUGGCCUCAACUGUGUCUCGCAUGGUACGCCACCACCACAACCUACCAAUGAGUGCCACAUCACUCUAGCCCUCUACUUUACACCAAAGCACUUUCAUAACACCUAUACCAACUAAUCACCGCAGGUCAAAGUCAGACCAAACUCUAUUAGUAAGAUUAUUCGCGAGACAUGUCACAAAGUUAAAAAAUAAAAUGCCAUUUAGCAGACGCUUUUAUCCAAAGCGACUUACAGUCAUGUGCGCAUACAUUUUUACGUAUGGGUGGUCCCGGGGAUCGAACCCACUACCCUGGCGUUACAAGCGCCAUGCUCUACCAAUUGAGCUACAGAGGACCACAGUUAACAAUGUAGUUCAACUGAUUGCUGGCAUACUGGUUUUAAUUAAUGAUAAAUAGAAAAACUGGUGUUUAUUUGUGGUUAACAAUGAUCCAUAACCCAAACUUUGUUAAUCAAUCUCUCAUCCAGGUCCACUGCAGCUAGCCCAUUUAAACUGUCUGAACCCUAUUUAGAUUAUUUUUAAAGUACCAAUGCAGCAUAUAUUUUUUUUCUUCUCAAUAUUAAGUAAUUUCUGGGUAACAAUUAGGUACCUUACUGUGAUUGUUUUGAAUUAAAAUGAAACAAAAAUAGCUUCUUUGCGAAGAGCAAUUUCUCAAGCAAGAAUUUAACUGGGAGUGGUCUGAGUGGGGAGGGGAAAACUGAAAACUAGCUGUUAUUGGCAGAGAGGUUUGGAACUCUUUCUUAUUGGUCUAUUAACUAAUUAAACACCUGGUGAUGUCACCAGGCAUACCAAAACUCCAUCCUACCAAAACAGGCUGAAAUUUCAGGCGGUCUUUUCAAACAGCUCUUGUACUAAAAGGGCAUCAUCAUCAUUUUCAAUAUUUCACAGUAUUAUUCUAACCUCAUAGUGUGUAAAUAUAUAUAAAACACAGGAAAUGCACGUUUUUGAAUGCACUGGGUCUUUAAACAAUGUUAUGACACUGUUAAAACAAUGUUAUUACAUAAGAAAGGUUGCUUCAUAGAGUAAUCAAACUUUUUUUUGUCCUCUCUCCAGACAUGGGCCCCUGCUCUGUUCCUCUUUUGACCCCGUGCAGUAAGGCAGUGAUGAGUCAGGCCCUGAAGGACAGCUUCAGUGGCUUCUCCAAGGUCCAACGCAACUGUGGCAUCUCCAACAGUGAGUCACGUUCUACCCCUGCUCAUUCUCAUUGUCCUCCCUUUUUCUUCAUUUCUAUUUAUAUGUUUUCUACAAGGAUGACAUUGUUUACUUUUUGUUCAAUUCCUAGCUAAUGUUGUACUGGAUUAGAGAUCAGUCAUUUUGGGCUCAUUUUGAAGGCUUUGUACUCAGCCCAGCUUCCAUAAUAGAUUAGCUCCUGAUUUCUACUCUUUAACACAAUGUGUUGUAUGACAUUUUCCCACCUGUUGAGUGUUUAAGCCUUUUUUUUCACCUGUUUAAAUGACAGGUUCACCUUUUUUAACCAAAUCUCUAUUUUUGAUGUAAAUGGCAUGUUAUAGAAGUGUCCAGACAUUUGUUUUGCGAUUUCACUUGGUUUGGAGAAAGAGAGCUCCCCACCAGCAAUAGACUUCCUCAUUGCUCGUUCUGCAGUAUGGGGGCCAUAGAUAAACAUGAACAAAGGCUCCAAAAACACCCAAAUAUGUCAUUUUAGAAAAGGCAAAAAAGGUCUUUAGAUGUUGUACACUUGAAAUUAUGUAAUUCCGAACUUUAUCCGCAACUUUAUAUUCCAUUUUAUUGGACUCGAGCGAUACUUUUCCGUGUGCGAGCAUGCACGUGCUUUCUUGUUUCUCGUGUUACCACAAUGGGAACGAAAAAGCACGUAAAUGCUCACACACAGAAAAGUAUUGGCUGUUUCGAAAAAGGACGUAUUUUGUUUUCUUUGGGAGUCUUGGUUCAUGUUUAUCCGUGGCCCCAUACUGCAGAAGGAGCAAUUAGGAAGUCUAUUGCUGGUGUGGUAAGUUUCUCAAAACCAAGUGAAAUCGCAAAAAACAGUGUCUGGACACUUCUAUAACAUACCAUUUACAUCAAAAAUUGAGAUUUGUCCUUUAAUCAUUAAAAAGUAAGCCUAGUUAAGUCAAAUCAAGACAAAGACUGGUGUAUUUUGUUGAGGUGUCCAUAAACUUUUUAGUAAUUUAGCCCUAUCUCUUUUCUUUCUCGCUUUCACAGACCCUCAUAUGUGGACCAAGCAGCACGUGAUGCAGUGGCUCCAUUGGGCGGCCAGUGAGUUCAGCCUGGCCAACGUCCACUUCUUUAAAUUUGACAUGAACGGCCAGGAGCUGUGUGACCUGGGCAAGGAGAGCUUCCUGGACCUGGCCCCAGACUUUGUGGGUGACAUCCUGUGGGAGCACCUGGACCAGAUGAUGAAAGGUAACAAUGGUGGUGGAACUUUUAGUCAGAUGGUGUUUGUGUGGAAGGCAGAUGGAGGAAAGAAUAGGUGAAGUCAUUUCAAUGUUUCUGAUACCUAUCCGUUUUUUUUUUUGUAUAAGGGUGGAAAGGGUUUUCUUUGUUCUGUAGAAUUACUGUACCCUUUGGCUAAGAGAUACAUGCUAAAAUCAAAUAACAAUAUUUCUGACGGUUCCUGACUUUAUCCUCCCUUGUUUUCUUCCAGAGUGUCAAGAGAGAGAAGAAUCCAAAUGCCUCAGCAGUGUUGUGCCCUCAGUAACCAACUGGAUGAGCUCUGUCGGUGAGUGUCCAUUAGAAAAACUAACUAACCACCAGAGGGUUCAAAUCCAAGUAAACAUCAGAUAGACAAAACAGUUUGGCUUCAGCUUCAUUUGAACAUCAGAAGCUUUAAAGGCCCAAUGCAGCCAUUUUUUUAUAUCUCAAUAUCAAAUCAUUUCUGGGUAACAAUUAAGUACCUUACUGUGAUUGUUUUCAAUUAAAAUGGUCAAAAAUAAACUGUCUGGGAGUGGUCUGAGUGGGGAGGGGAAAACUGAAAACUAGCUGUUAUUGGCAGAGAGGUUUGAAACUCUUUCUUAUUGGUCUAUUAACAAAUUGACUGUCUAGUGAUAUCACCAAGCACGCCAAAACUCCAUCCCAUGAAAAAAGGCAGACAUUUCAAGCGGUCUUUUCAAAUAGCUCUUGCACUAAAAGGGCAAUAUCAUAAUUUUCACAAUUUCACAGUAUUAUUAUAUAUAUAUAUAUAAAGCAUAGGAAAAUCACACUUUUGACUGCACUGGGCCUUUAAGCUGUCCAAAGAGGUCUCUGAGGGAUGGGUGUGAUGAGAUGAGUUAAGUGGGCAUAUGUUCUUCUCUACAGGCUUCAGUCUGGAGGAGACCCAGUGUGUCCUGCAGGUGCCUGACAACAGCAGUAGUCUGCUGAGAGAGCUGUUUGAGACAUCUGACAAGACUACCCUGCUGACCCGAGAUCAGGAGUUCUCCAUGUUCUCUAAGCCCCAGCUGAGCACGGUCAAUGUCAGCUACAUCAGGAGCAACCCAGGCGCAGGGCAAAUCUCCAAAGCCUGUGAGUAGGCCAACCCACUGUUGUCUGGAAGCUAUUAAUCAAUGUUAAUUAAUUAGUGUUCAUUUUCCAAGGGAACACAUGUAAGCGAUUCUCAACAGAUGUUUUAAUUCAGUGAUAGUCCCUUAACCUGAUCCAGUUCAGUUGAACUAACCAUCUCUCUGCUUUGUUUAUCCACAGUCUCAUCCCAGGACCAGAGUUUGUGUUCAUUGGAGAGCAUGGACAGCAUUGAGGGGCCAAAGUCCAUGCUGCGCUCCAGGGGUAGCCAGUCUUCCCUGGCAGACAACCAGAGGGUGCCGUCCCACGACAGCUUUGAGGACGAGUACAACAGCAGCCCUCUGAGCUUGGGGAAGCAGGGCCUAUCCUUCAAGGACUACGUCCAGGAGAGGAACGAGCCUGUGGAACUGGGAAAGCCUGUCAUACCUGCUGCCGUGCUGGCUGGCUUCACUGGUGAGUUCAUGAACCCAGUGACAGUCAAACCCAGCUCAUCUUGUAUGGAAUACUUUCUAUCUCUCUGUCAACCCCAGUUUCAACUCCAGUUCAAAACAGUACACUGCAAUUGUGUAUACACAAAUUAUGCCUUUUGAUCGCCGUCUGACUCCUCUGCCUUUUUUUUCCUCCCAACAGGAAGUGGUCCUAUCCAGCUGUGGCAGUUCCUGCUGGAGCUCCUGACUGAUAAGAGUUGUCAGGCCAUCAUCAGCUGGACAGGAGACAGCUGGGAAUUCAAACUCACUGACCCAGAUGAGGUGAGUGUCAAUUGGCCUCAUACAAUAUGUGUAUAUCAGGUUGUGGAGGAGAUAGCCACAAGGGUUAUAGUAGGGGUGUACCGAGUACUCUGACAAAAAGAGUAUCGCAACGGAUAUGGAGAAUUUUCGGAAUGCGAUUAUGACAAGUAUUUUUUGUAAUUAAAAAAGUAAUUGUCAGCUGCCAGCACGCAUCUCUCUGUCACUCAAACAGUGUGAAGCCCUUUGUGCUCUAAAGAACUAUUGGCUAGUUCUUCCAUCUGUAAAGAAACGGGCGGGGUAUCGUUUGAGCCUGCUUCAACGAUUGGAUUAGAAAAAGCCAUUCUCCCUCUGCUCUUAUUUCCCCAGACAGAAAUAAGCGGGGCUCCGUCUCACACACUCGUAUCAGGGCACAUUACUCCCCAUCUACAAACAUUGUGUGAAUCAGAAUCCAUAGCUAGUGAUUGUUGUUCUAGCUAUCAAUCUAGUUAUAUUUUCCGUCGACUUUGCUGAGGACAUAUGUUUUUGUCUGUCUACUUACUGAGUAGCUUAAUAAAUACCCCCACAAUUGAGGUAUAGGCUUUACCGGCAUUUAAACCUCACUUCCGGGUCGUCCGUGAUUAAAAUGGAUACAAUUACAAAUACGAGUAUGACGAGAUCGGCAACACCCCUAGUUUACAGGACCAGAAAAGUCUUCAACACGAGCCAUCAGAGGACAUCAAGAUGUAGUGAAGGACUCUGUUUUCCAUUUACGUUUAUCAUUCUCUCUUUCCUCCUCCAGGUGGCUAGACGCUGGGGCCGCAGGAAGAACAAGCCCAAGAUGAACUACGAGAAGCUGAGCCGUGGCUUGCGAUACUACUACGACAAGAACAUCAUCCACAAGACCUCGGGCAAGCGCUACGUCUACCGCUUCGUCUGUGACCUGCAGAAUCUUCUGGGCUACUCGGCCGAAGAGCUCCACAUCAUGCUGGGGGUCCAGCCUGACACUGAGGAUUGAACCAACUGGUGUUUUAUCGAAAGGGAAGGGGUUGGAUAUGUAGCCAGUGGGGCUUCACUACCCCAACUUAGCAAAAGUUGCUAAUGGUACAGGCCAUCUGAAGGUAAUUUCUGGUCAUUGAACAGGUGGCACUGAUUUAUGUGCACUGUGAUAGUGGCUACACUGGUGGACAGACAGAGUGAGCAUCUCUAAUUUGGAGAGGCAGUUCCUGUCUCGGCUCUUGUGCCAUCAAUGUGCAUCGUUGUGCAAGCUUUGGUUGAGAGGGGUGCCAGUAUUUAAAUCAAGCAUUCCCUCUGGGUUAAAGUGUUGUUGUGCAAAUUGUAAUGGAUCAGCUCUGUAUCCAUCUGCAAAGUGGAGAGCUGUUGAUUGCACAGAUGACAAUGGCGAUCAAUGUAACAUAGCAGAUUUUUUCAUUCUUGCCUGAUACUCAGCAAGUGUGGUGUUUACGGAGUCUGAACAGUGGACAUUUAGACUUACUGUGAAUGAUCUUGUGGUUACUAAACAAUAAUGCUUUUGAGGUGGCGGCACCAGCACCUUAA